GUCGUACUCAGUGAAAACCUUGAAUUUCGACAUCUCGCAUAUGCAGGGGACAUCACGGGUGGAAGGUAUUUAAUCAUCUCAACCCGACGUCCGAUAUGGAUCGUCAUAUCUUGGGCGUGUGUGCCGCAGACUGUCUUGCUCAAUACCUGUUGAUCUCUUCACCCUGACCGGGCGUGUUCUACCAAUCGACGAACCGACCAUGGCUUCUUCAAAGGACGAGAAAGAGGCGGCCAUGUCCACCAUCUCCGAGUCGGACGGCGGAGACUACGACACUUCCGACGCCAAGGAGAUGCGGAUGAUGGGAAAGAAGCAGCAGCUUCGACGCAACUUCGAAUACUGGAGCAUCCUCGCCUUCUCUUGCUGCACAAUGAUAACUUGGUCGGGCCAGCUCAUAACCUUCACCACAGGCCUUGAGAACGGCGGGCCUCAAGGCUUGGUCAUCAGCAUGCUUGUCAUCUGGUCCGCCAUGGCAGCCAUUGUUGCCAGCCUUGCGGAGCUCAUGAGCAUGUGGCCGACAAACGCUGGACAGUUUUUCUGGUGCUACAACCUCUCGCCACCGAAGCUGGCGCCGUUCCUUUCCUAUCUCUGCGGAUGGCUGACGGCCUUGGCCUGGCAGGCCGCGACGGCUUCGGCAUGCUUCUUGGGUGGAACGUAUAUCCAAGGCCUGAUUGUCCUGAACAAUCCCAGCUACGUACCGAAGCCAUGGCAAGCAGUGCUGCUCACUUAUGCCAUCCUCUUCUUUGCUCUGAUUGCCAACACUCUCUUGGCAAGAUGGCUUCACGCAGUGGAGUGGUUUGUCUUCUUCAUAUACGUCAGCGGAUUCGUGGUUGUGUUGAUCACCGUUACUGUCCUGUCACCGCAUAAAUCCUCGGCCCACGACGUCUUUCAGGUCUUCUUUAACGAGGGCGGUUGGAGCUCCGAUGGGCUAUCAUGGUGGGUUGGACUGCAAGGCAUCGUGUUCGCGUGGCUCGGAGCAGACGGUGCGAUCCAUAUGGCCGAGGAGUGCCGCAAUGCGUCCAAAGUCCUCCCUCGCUCGCUCAUACGAAGUGUGGGCAUCAACGGCACUUUGAGCUUCGCCAUGCUCCUCGCCAUCCUCUUCUGUGGAGGAGACCUGCUGGCUGCACUCAAAUCUCCGACGGGCUACCCAAUACAAGAGAUCCUCACAUACGCCACCGGCUCCACAGCUGGAGGCACGGGGCUGGCCAUCAUCCUCCUUUUGACCGUCAUCUUCGCGGUGAUCGGCAAUGCGGCGGCGGCGAGUCGGCAGCUCUGGGCAUUUGCUCGCGAUCGCGGCCUUCCGGGCAGCAGCUGGCUGAGCUUCGUGCACGAGCGCACGAAGCUGCCCCUGUCGUCGAUCCUCGUGACGGCGCUGUUCACAAUGCUGUUGAACUUGAUCCAGCUUGGCAGCGAUGUGGCGCUCAAUGCCUUGCUGUCCUUGAACAAUGCGGCCUACAUGUCAUCAUACAUGCUGCCAAUCGGGCUCGUGCUCUAUCGGCGCGUACAAGCCAUUCGCGGCAAGGGCAAAGAGCUGCCAUGGGGCCCGUGGAGAUUGGGCAAGUGGACGGGCAUCGUGAUCAACGCCUACGCGCUGAUGUGCGCUGUUAUGAUCGUCAUAUCCUCGUUCUUCCCACCAGCUGUAUCGCCCAAUGCGACCUCCAUGAACUGGUCUUCGGCGGUUUUUAGCGGCAUUCUUGCCUUUGCUCUUGUGUUUUGGAUGGUGGAUGGAAAGAACAGGUUUCACGGGCCGGUCAGAAAUGCCGCUACAGGGGCCGUGGCUGUUGGGCCAGUAGAGCCAGUGAUGGGGUGGCUGAAAGCAUGAAGAUGCGAUCCUCGAUCUACCUCCAAUAGUAAUGUGCGAAACAUAUUUCCGUAGCUUCACGGCCAGGUAUCUGGGAUGAGAAGGGAGUGGAAUCUACUGCAAAGUCUCCGACUGCUCCCUUCACUUCGGAAUGGACGGGACCGAUGAGUCUAAGGUGGACGCGCAACGAUGAGAGUAGACAGA